AGUUUGUCGAAAGGUGGCCAUGGAGGAACUGGUACAAGAGAACGGCUCCGGCAACCACGGCGUCCCCAGGAAGAAGCCGAAGCUCUCCAAGAAAAAAAACCAGAGCCUCUCAGAAAUAGUCCGCCAAGAAUUCGCGCACAACCAGAGGUUCUCAGAAAUAGUUCGCCAAGAAUUCGCGCACCAUGAUCCCAACUUCGCCCGCGUGAACAACGGCAGCUUCGGCUGCUGCCCCGCCACGGUACUCGCCGACCUGCGCCGGUGGCACUACCAGUUCCUCAGCCAGCCCGACCGGUUCUACCACGGCCCUCUCCAGGACGGCCUCCGCCGAUCACGGGAGGCCAUCGCCUCCCUGGUCAACGCCUCCCACCCUGACGAGAUUGCCCUGGUCGACAACGCCACCACCGCGGCUGCCGUCGUCCUCCACCACAUCGCCCGCUCCUUCUCCGACGGCACCUUCCCCAAAGGAGAUUCCGUCAUCAUGCUCCACUAUGCCUACGGUGCCGUCAAGCAGUCCGUCUACGCCUACUGCGGCAGCGCCGGCGCCAACAUAGUCGAGGUCGAAAUGCCCUUCCCGUUGACCUCGAACGAAGAGAUCAUCUCCUCGUUCAGGAAAGCUCUCGAGGAGGCCAGGUCCGGCGGAAGAAAAGUCAGGCUGGCCGUCAUCGACCACAUAACCUCCAUGCCCUCCGUCGUGAUUCCGGUGAAGCAGCUGACUGAAAUCUGCAGAGAAGAAGGCGUGGAUCGCGUCUUCAUCGACGCUGCCCACUCCAUAGGGAAUAUAGACAUCGAUCUUCAAGCAAUUGGUGCAGAUUUCUACACGAGCAACCUCCACAAAUGGUUCUUCUGCCCGCCGUCUGUGGCCUUCCUCUACGCCAAGAAGUCUGCGUCGGCCGACAUCCACCACCUGGUUGUCACGCACGAAUACGGCAAAGGCUUGGCCGUCGAAAGCGCCUGGGUUGGAAACAGAGACUACAGUGCCCAGCUUGUGAUCCCCACCAUCUUCGAGUUCUUGAAGAAAUUCGAUGGUGGUCUCGAAGAGAUCAAGAAACUCAACCACGAGAAGGUCGUCGCGAUGGGCAGGAUGCUGGCGGAAGCGUGGGGAACGGGCCUGGGCACCUCGCCGGAGCUGAGUUCGAGCAUGAUCAUGGUCGGACUGCCGGCUGGUUUGAAGAUUCGCAGCGAUAAGGACGCCAUGAGAUUGAGAGCUCAUUUAAGAGUUAAUUUUGAAAUAGAAGUUCCGAUUUACCACGUGAAAGAUUUGAUCAGUGAAGACGGCAAAGAUUGUGAGAAUCUUGUGACCGGGUACGCGAGGAUCUCGCAUCAGAUUUACAACACUCUUGCUGACUAUCAUAAGCUCAGGGACGCGAUCAACAAGCUUGUCGAAGAUUCAAUAACUUGCGAGAAACUGGAGGUAAUUUGAUACCCGUGAUCCGAACUUAGAUGACUUCUUCUGUUUCUUUUCCGGCGACGGAAAAAAUCAGACCUGGCGUUGCAGGUUUGACCGACUACUUUAUAGUCGACAGUUUUUUCGUAUGCUGUCGCGAACUCACCCCGAGUUAUAGUUUGAUGUGCGAACUCUCUAUCUUUCCUGUUGUACGCUUUCAGUCUCACAAGAAACUUGAAUAAAACUUGUGUUGUCCUGUUUGAGUUCAAGAAACCAUGCAAUUUUGCAGUAAU